AUGCAUCUCCAGGACGUCAUUCUGAAGACGCACCUGGAGGUGCAAGGCUUCUGCACCGUCCGUUGGCUGUCUCGCGGAGAUGCUGUGAAUCGCUUCUGCGACGUGCUGCCGGUGCUGAUGUGGAUGUGGACGAAGGAGAAGGACGGGAUGGAGAAACUCGCUACCAGCUUCAAGUUCCACUACAUGCUUUACCUCCUGGCUGACGUGCUGCAGCUGCUCAACGGACUCAAUCUUGCCUUCCAGAAGCAGACGGUCGACAUCACAGAGGUGAAGAAUCACGUCGACAAGGUGAAGACCAAGCUGUCGCAGUACUACGUCGAGCCCAGCGCAUCCUACGGGCCGAACACCUCUCGCCUGAACAAGUUCCUUGCUGCACACGGCAGCAAGGACAAGCGCAAGAUGGAGCUCAAGGGAGUGGGUGGCGACGGCAAACCUGCAAAAGCCGAGAUCGAGCUCCACGAGGACAUCAUCGACCCUGAAAACCCGGGGGGGGGAUGCGACUUGGAGGCCUGCGUGGACCUGGCGCGGCGUUUCGCUCAGCGCCUGAUUAAGGCGCUGGGGAAGAGGAUGGCGGACCUGCGCCAUUUCGAUGGUGUUGGGUUUUUCACCCCUGAUAAGUAUCCCUUCCGUGCAGGAGAGCAGGACACAUGGCUGCAGCACCAUCUCACCGAGCUCCUGGACAUGUUCAAGAACCAGCUACCUGCCCUUUCCGUUCCCCGCCUUCGUCCUCGUCCCUGUCUCCUGCCACCGUGUGCCGCGCUGAUUUCUCUGCACUCCGCUCGCCCCGUUCUAGCGGGCUCGCAGCAGAGGAAAGACAUUCGGCGCCGCACCUUACACUCGCCUCACUCGCCCACUCCCUCUCCCCUCUUCCCCACUCUCUCCCCUCUCUCCGCUCUUCUGCACCCUAUCCCCUCGAUCCCCUCUCUCUCCUCUCUCCCUUGCAUCCCUCCCUCUCACUCCCUCUCCCACCCUUUCCACCCUUCCCCCUCUGCACCCGCUGCCCCCUCACUCACACCUGCCGCUCUGAGAACGCCCCCCGGUGCUGGGAGGUGUGACGCGGGUGGUGAUGCCGUGCCUGACGUCAGCAGUAUGUGUGACGUCAGCCUGCUGCACUGCCGAUGGAGGAGGGAGGGAGAGCAAGUGGGGGAUGUGUGGAGGGGAGGGGGAGUGGUCGUGAGGGAAGCAGAGAGAGAAAGUGGUGGUGCUGGCAGUGAUGGUGAUGAUGAUGGAAGCAACGGUGCUAGCAGCAGUGGUGAUUGCUGUGAAAGACAUGGAGAUAGUGAUGCUGAUAGCGAUGCUGAUAGUCAUGGUGGCGAUAGUGGUGGUAGUGCUGGCAGGGAUGGUGGUGCUGGCGGUGCCAGGGACUGGGAGGACGUGUUGACUGCUCGGAAGCUCUUGAACCCAACCCAAGUCAUCACCCGCAUCGCCCCUCUGCUCUCUCGCCCCUCCUCCUUUCCACUCCCACCCACCGCAGCAGCAGCAGCAGCAGCAGCAGCCAAUUCCCCAGCAGGCACGGCAGGCACACCCAUGCCAGCAGGCACAGCAGCAGCAACAGCAGCUGGCGCUGUUGACUCCAUUGAAUCGCUUGAAGCCCGCUGUCUCGCGCUGCGCCUGAUUGGCUGCCUGGCUCCGCUGGCUGCUGACGUGGCACACGUGCAGGAGUUGGUGGUCCGGGCUGCAAUGGAAGCAGAGGGACAGCAGGAGCCGCCUGUCCUCCCCUCCCUUGUUUCGCGGUUUCCUCCCUUACCUCAACCCGGUCCUUCCCUCUCCACGCUUCCCUGCUUAACUCCUAGCUCCAUCACUCUCUCGUCGCUGCUCGCGUCACGUCCCCUUCCAUUCCUUCCCUCCCACCCCAACCUCCAUGCUGCCAUACUUCACUCCAAGUCCUCGCUCUCACUGCCUCUCCAUCCUUCCUUUCCCUUGCAACUGUCUUCCCACCCCAACCUCCACGCAGCUCUCCUUGCUGCCACAUUCCUCCGUGUUGUCUCUGCCCCCUUCAUCCUCAAUCCCCCUUCUUUCCCUCCAUUCUACGUAUCUUUCCCCUUUAUCCCUCUCUCCCUUCUUCCCAUCCUUCUCUCCCUCGUGUUCCUCCCCCUUUCCCCCAACUCGCCCACCCUCAGCUCCAUACAGCUCUCUUCGUUCUCAUCUUCCUCCCCUCCGUCGCUCUAUUGUUCAACAACCCUCCCACCCAACCCCCCCUCCCCCUACACCCGCACGCCCCACCCACCACUUCAGCAGCGCCAUGCAGCUCUCUUCGCGCUCACCUUCCUCUGUGACGUCUCUCCACCCUUCGCCCUCCACACUCUCCCCCUCCUCCUCUCCCUCGCUCUCCCCGCCUCCCCACCGCCACCCCUGCCCCUCUGCCUCACACGCCAUCUGCACCGCUUCUCACACCUGCCUCUCCCGCAGCAUACCAAGCAGCCUGGAGUGAAAAGAAAUGUACUCAUGAGUCAAGCAGAGGCGGAUGAGCACAUGGCGGUGAAGCUGCAGCAGCAGCAGCAACAGUCGGACCGUUUUCCAGCUGCCCAAGCAUCAGUGCAACCACACUCGGUGCACCCGCAAUUGUUCCACCACUCCCUGUUUCCACAAGCUCUGCCCCCACUGGCUCUGCAUAUGACUCCACUAACCAACUCCUCCCUUUUGCCACGUGUCAGCCGGCCAUUGGUCAGGUGGAGGGGGGAUGAGGAGGGGGAGGAGGGGGUGCGGGUGCGAGUGGCAGCAGUGGUGGUGAAGUGCCUGGCGGGGCACGAGGAGACGGCUGUGAGGCGCGUGGCAUGGCAGGUGAGAGUAGGGAGCGGAGGGAAUGGAGGGGGAGAAGGUUGGUGA